CAAUAGCAUCAUCAUCGUGCCUUAGAGGGAUGGAUAAUGAGAUUAGUUGCUGGGGCCAAGCCUGCAUCAGUCCAAAGGGGUCAAUCGCUGGAUUAUCACUGCUCUUGCUAAGGACUUAGACACCACUAUCACGUACACAACAUUUUGUAGUACUCGUUGACUUCUUCUGACUUUUCUUUUGGAGGGGGGAUUAUUAGGUGGAAGGUAAGAGUGGAAGACCUCAUGUUUGCCUGUUUUGACGUUGCAAAGUUUUGGAAUAAGAAUUAUGGUGCAUGACUUUGUAGCCUGCAUGGCCAUGGGAUUCUGACUGUCCCAGGUGCAGAGUGUUGAAUGAGGGGUCUGGCUGGGAAGUGAGUGCAGGGGUGACCGGCGGACUGAAGGACGGGUGGGCUUUGUGCUCGCCUGCUGUGACAGGGUCUGCAGCUCUCGACCAGCAGCCCUCAUGCCACUCAUCAACAACAAAGUGGGUGACGAUGGCACUACCAGUUCACCAAAGACUCUGGAAGAGGGGAAGGUUCUUAUCGACUCACUCAUAAAGGUGGUGGCAUGUUACCGCCACCUGGCCUCGUGUGUGGGUGGGUGCACGGACAGCUUGCACCUGCGUGACGAGCUGCGGCUAACGCGGGAGAAGGCCCAGAAGUUAGCGGUGGCCAGCCGUCACCACCUCACGGCACGGCUACGGGAUAAGACACUGCCCCAGGGGGAGAGACAGGAGAUGGAACUGCUCUGGGUGGCCUUCACCUCCAGUCUGGAACUCCUCCACGCAGACAUGUGCAAAGUCUUCAACAUGGGUUCCAACUUCUCCCUGAUCAAUAACAACACCUUAGUGCAGACUGGCAUACAAGGGGAAACCAGUGAGGUGACAGCGCGGGCCCUCAGCUUGGCAGACCUGACCCGUGCCGAGGACCAGGUUCCCGCCAGCCUGGAGGAUCUGGAGCAGAGCCAGCUGGAGGAGGAGAUCGCCCAUGUGGAUGUCAUGCUGGAGGACAUGGAGGAGAAGGUCAACGUCCUGCGCUGGAUGGUGGAGGCCCGCGGGCCCCAGUACGCCGAACCGGCCAGCACGGACAGCGCCUCGUUGGGCCUCUUGUCCACGGACGAGGAGGCAGGUCCCCAAAGCCAGCAGUGCUGCGAGCGCAGCCAGAUUUUCAUGGUGCUGGUGCUGUGCAGCGUGGCAGUGGUGAUGGCCGUGCUGUCCGUCUGCGUGGUCUAUCUCUCAUGAGGAGGCUUGUCACCAGUGGAUUUCACCCAGGUUUUGUUGAGCCGCUAAAAGCAGUAGGACCUUAUGUUGCCAUAAAUUCCAUCCUCAUGUCAAUUGAUAUCCGAAAAUAUGGUUGUUGGAAGAAACUGGUGUUGUUGAAAGGGCGGGGUACUUUACAUAUUUCUUUAUUUGAAUAAAGAGCCCCAUUUAGAAUGAAUACACUCCAGGUUACACAGUUUGACGCUCCCAUUUCUGUUAGAAAGUCAAUAUAAAACACAUUCAAAAAGAGUUAGAUGCCCUGUGCAAUGUAGUUUAGCUAAUGUUAAUGUAUUGUAGUGGAAUGAAAUGGAACCAUUUAUGCUCUUUACUAAUGUAUGCUGACUACUGUAUAUGACAGUAAGGUUCAUGAAUUUUUAUUGAAAUGCAUUGAACAUAAUCUGUUUACACAACUUGACAGUGGUUGACAAAGUACACCCACCACAUUUAGGUCCAUGUUGUCAUUGACACUGAAGGUGUUUGUGCUGCCAGAUUACAAUGAAGAUCUUUGCACAUGAGUGCAAUGUGUGGGAGCAUCUCAGUUUGCUGACCUGUUGUGAACAUUACAUUCUAAUUAAGAAUUUCAUGUGAAUAUUCUCAAUAUUGUGGCUUCCAUGUCACUUCAACCAAUAGGUUAGCUUACUGCAUUACUGAUAUUGUAUCCAGGCUUUCGCAAUACAGUAAUUAUUGCAGGAAUAUGUGUAGUUCUUGUGGAGUAUUCUGUUUAUAUUCUGUCUUCAGAGUCCUCCGUAACCCAAAUACCAUAAACCUGACCCGGGUCUGGAACGGGUUCUACAAUAAAUCAAAUGGAACAUGUGUUGCUGUGUCCCCAGGUUCAGAUUCAGGCUAGCAGUUGUGCCAGCAAUGCAAGCAAACAGGGAGACUUUUCCUCUCAAGGCACAUGAAAAAUACAAACAUUGUAAGAGACAUACAGUAGCUGAGAAUGUGUUUCCUAAACACAGUGGACGGCCUGUGCACAAUUUCGUAUAUUACCAAGGAUACACAGGGCCGGACUACCACAUUUGGGGCACAGAGGCGCUGACCUGAUUUUUUGUGUUGACAUAUUUUUCAGUUUUAUAGCUAAUGCUAUUGUAGAUAUUUUGUCAAGAUAAAAUGUUGUAGUUUUAAAGUUAAUUUCCUGCAAUUCUAUGCUAUUUGCUA